AUGUUCGAGGAUGACCGCGGACGGCAUGGCCAAGUGAACUUCAAGAGGCGCCACGUUGACGGAGAGGUUGAGCUGACGAACGAUGGGGGCAGGACGUGGCUGGCGUUCAGGCUGUUGCACCCUCCGUUUCUGAACGGCGAACCGGAGCGCAAGGAAUCAGCCUCGACUCUCUUCAAUCUGGAGUCCAUCUUUUCCGUUCUCGGAGAAAUAUUUCGCAAUGGAAGCGUUUGGGAGCUGGACGGCGGGUUUGACAGGAGGAUGCCCGAGAAGCUCGGGCGCGUCGGAGACAUGUCCCCGAACGUCGCCUUCGGGCGGUGCCUUGUCUACCGCAUCGACGUCUCCGACCUGUUGGAGGGCAACCGCUGA